CACACACACACACACACACACACACACACACACACACACACACACGUGGUGCGGAGAGGACUAUCGACGCAGGGGUGCAUCAUGAAGUCUCAGCAGAAAUGCAUCGUAAUCUUUGCGUUGGUGUGCUGUUUCGCCGUGCUGGUGGCCUUGAUCUUCUCAGCAGUGGAUGUCUGGGGAGAGGAUGAAGAUGGUAUAACAGAGGAGAACUGUAACAAGAACUGCAGGGUAGUGCUUGUGGAGAAUAUUCCAGAAGAUGUCACCUUCUCUGAGAAUGCUACGUCCCACCUCCCCCUCUCUGCUGGGCUGCACAGCCUGUUGGACCUGGCAGUGGCUGGUCACUCUGUGGAGAUUGUGUCACCUCAAUGGAACCUGAACCCCUCCGACUAUGAAUCCAGAUUCCUACAAUCUUCUAGGCAGGGUCAGGCUUUGCUGCAAAGACUGCAGGGGCUGAAGAAGAAGGGAAUCAAUUUGAAGAUAGCCAGUGGAAUGAUCAACUCUUCAGAGCUGAAGAGCCUGUCUCGACACAGUGAGGUACACUACAUUAACAUGACAGCCCUGACCAAAGGCUUUCUGCACUCUUCUUUCUGGGUGGUGGACAGGCAGCACAUCUACAUCGGCAGCGCCACCAUGGACUGGCAAUCACUGUCCACGAUGAAAGAACUGGGCAUCAUCGUCUACAACUGUAGUUGCCUGGCACUGGACCUGCACAGGGUAUUCAACCUCUACUGGCAGCUGCAGUAUAAGGACUUUAUACCAUCCAUGUGGUCCAAAAGGCUGAGCGCCCUGUGGAACAAAGAUGAGAACCUUCCACUUCUCUUCAACAACACCAAGGCUGAAGUCUUUGUCUCUAGCUCUCCAGAUGUCUUCUGCCCUAAAGACAGGACCAGAGACCUUGAUGCCAUAUCCUACGUGAUCCAAAAGGCCAAGAGGUUCAUCUACAUAUCCAUUACAGACUAUCUGCCUCUCACUAACAGGAAUGCUCACAGAUACUGGUCACGUAUAGACGGGAUGCUUCGGGAGGCCUUGAUCCUGAGGAACAUCGAAGUGCGUCUGCUAGUAAGCUGCUGGGAGCAGACGCAUCCCUUGACCUUUAACUUUGUGUGGUCCCUGAAGACCCUGUGCAUGGAGCUGGCCAACUGUUCAAUGGAAGCUAAGUUCUUCAGCCCCAGGGAACAGAGAGAUGGCACGCUACAGGGAAUCAACCAUAACAGAUUAAUGGUGACAGACAGUGCUGUGUACAUAGGCAACUUUGACUGGGUGGGGAAUGAGUUUACGUUCAACGCUGGAGCAGGCUUGGUGAUCAAUCAGGCGGAGGGGGUGAAAGAGAAGAACUCAACGUUGGUGGAACAGGUGAGGGCUACGUUCGAGCGGGACUGGUAUUCACGCCACACCAAGAGCCUGCAGGCUAACAAGAUCCCAGUCUGCAACAAGCACCAGCUCAACCAACUGGCACAGCUCAAAAUCGCUCAACCAACAGAGCGCAAUUGGAGUAAGGAGAGUCCCAAUGGCUCCCUGUGAAUCCGAAGACGUGGUGCGUUACAAGACUGAUUUAUGCAGGCUUUAAGAGAAAAAUAACAGUUUAAUACUGAAAUCGGACACUGUAGACGUAAUGUAGGACUUGAAGGGCAUUUGUUCAUCUAUUGAACCUUCUGCUUCUUUCAUCCUGACUGUUUCUUACAGAAGACAUUCAUGGAAAGGGAACUAAUCAAAUAAAUGGAUUGUCUAUUGAAUGCUGAACCUCAGUAAAUAUAGUUAAUCGUUUAUUAUCCAUUUUGCCAAUAAUGACAUCAUUCAUCACAACCCUUUAAAACCCUCUCGGGCCCAAGCAGGUUGGAGCUGCAUGGACAGUAGUGUGGAGAUAUCCUAUACAAAUCUAUACUCCAAAAGGUGUUUACCCGGUGUGUCUUCAAUUUUCAUUUACAAAGUGCAGCAUACCUCCAACCUCGACCAAAUGAACUGGGGCCAUCUGUCUGUUGGACCACUGCUGAACAAAUGAAACUAAUGGGGAAAAUAGGAAUGCCAGAAACCUCACCUGACUCCUAAGAUAAAGACAUCUAUUUGAUGUUUAUUGUUGCAGAGUAAAGACAAUUAUGCCCCAUUGGCAUUCAUCUAU